AUGAUCCAGGAGGACUUCGAGAAGGAGAUCGCGGUAGCGCGCAAGGGGGACUCCGCGGCGCAGGCGACGUACGAGGAGAACAUGGCCGGGUUGAACGAGAUCCUGGAGAAGUUGACGGCCAUGCGGAACAGCCUCGACAAGGAUUUGGCCGAGCUGAAGGUCAAGAUCGUGGGCAUGGAGACCACCAAGGGCUUCAAGGGUACCAGCCUGGAGCUGGAAGUCGAGAAAAAGAGCACCCUCGAGGGCGAUUGCGGCUGGGUCAAGACUCACUUCCAGAGCCGUCGCGACAAGCGCAAGGCGGAGAUGGACGGGCUCUUGGAGGCCAAGAAUUACCUCGCCGGGAUGGAGUCGGAGAUGGCCGGAUCUGACCAGUAA